GCCACUACACCUCAAAGAAGAAGAAGAAGAAGAAGCUUUCGCGUGCCUGUGGAUGUUGUGCUUAUGAGCGGCAGCGCUAAGUACCCGGAUGUCGAUGGAGGAAGUAAGUAGCCUGCCAGCCGUUUGACAGAUCUCGUUCUCUUUUUUUUUUUUUUUCAAUAAAUCAUGGCCGAAGCUUCGCCGGAUUGAUGGAGGGGUUUGUUUGUAAGCGCGCACGGCUCGUUCGGUUGUAAUAAUAUUAUGAGUGAGGAGCGGAGGACCGAGGCCUCUACUUUUGUUGUGGCAGCAGCGUUAAUCGCGGCUCGGAGAUUAAACUAACACUAGUGGAACCGACUAGGAUAUAGGGGGCAUCGAAGGAGACGACUCAGAGGAGGCUUUCUCCACCAUUGAUUUGCUGCUGCAGAAGACAACACAACAACACACGCACGUAUUAACUUCUUCUGGUCUCCCUCUGCACUUCUGCUCACUCUCAACAUUACUAAACACCAUUGUGAGGAGAUAACGGGACUACCGAAGCUUCAGGAAGAAGAGCACCACCAGCAGGAGCAGGAGGAGGAUUCAGUUUGGUGUACUAGAUGCCACCUGGACCUGCACCUGGACCUGCACCUGCACCUGGACCAGUGUGGCAAAGUUAGAAAGAUGAAUGCGCUGCUUCCCAUGUGAGCCGCUUUAAGAUCACACUCUUCUACCAACACCGGGAGGCUGAACCUCAUCUGGAGGGAGGGAGGGACCACCAUGAGGGACAUCUAGUGUUUAUUUGUAUUUAUUGAAGGGGGGGGUGCGGGUUGUUCUUCUUAUUCAAUAUUAGUUUGGUUAGUCAUCCUGCAGAUCUUUGAGACUCAUCUCUGCCUGCUGCAUGAUGAUGUGUUUCCCGUCAGCAUGCAGGGAGCAUUAAUCUAGACGAAGUGGGUCCGAUUGUUGUCAUUAUGAUAACAGGAGGCACACUGGACACAACGUAGCAGGUGUUGGAUCAUUCAACCCGCCGGUCUGCUUCCUAUAAGUUCAUCCUCAUCAUCAGUGGAUGGCUCUUUGCGGCGUGACGGCUACAAAUGUUACAAAAAUGAUGGCCGCUUACAACGGUGGCUCCUCAGCGGUGGCCGCCCAUCACCCGCAUCAGCACCACCACCAGCUCCCUCACCUCCCGCCUCCACACAUGCACCACCACAACAACAACAGCCACACAGCCGCGGCGGUGAUGCUCAAUCCCGGUCAGCAGCAGCCCUACUUCCCGUCUCCUGCACCCGGACAAGCCCCCGGACCGGCAGCCCAGGUCCGGGUCCAAGCCGCCGCGGUCAAAGCUCACCAUCACCGUCAGCACAACACGCACCACCUGCAGCCGCAGCUGGACAUCGAGCUGGACCGGCCCAUCGGUUAUGGAGCGUUUGGGGUCGUUUGGUCAGUGACGGACCCCAGAGACGGAAAGAGAGUCGCCCUCAAAAAGAUGCCCAAUGUCUUCCAAAACCUUGUUUCUUGCAAGAGGGUGUUUCGGGAGCUCAAGAUGCUGAGCUUCUUCAAACAUGAGAACGUCAGUACACAGCUGAUGCUGAGACCUGUCUCUGUCUGUCUCUCUCUCUGUCUCUCUGUCUCUCUCUGUCUCUGUCUGUCUCUCUCUCUGUCUC